UGUCAUAUCUUUGUCUUGUGCGCCGAGGCGGUGAUUCACGUGUUGUUCGAGAAGUUUCGCCGGGUGCUGGUAAAUAACUGAAACUUCUAGACAAGGAUAGAAGACUAUUAAUACCUCGUGGUCCCAGCACUCAAGAGCAGAAGAUAUACUGGCGAUCAAGAGAAUUCUGACCUAACAAAAGUGUCAGCCAUGGCUGUUGUAGGGAUUGAUCUUGGUUCAUAUUCCUCCUACAUCGCUGUCGCUCGAGCAGGAGGGAUUGAAACAAUUGAUAAUGAGUACAGCGCAAGAAUGACACCGACCUAUGUGUCAUUCAACGAAAAGAACCGAACCAUUGGUUAUGGUGCCAAGCAGCAAAGUGUAACCAACUUCAAGAACACAGUAGCAGGUUUCACACGCAUUGUUGGACGGAAGUUUAAUGAUCCAGCAGUGCAGAGUGAGGUGAAAUCCUUCUUCCGACCAAAUGAAGUUUCCACUGACAAGGCUGGCAAUGCAGUUAUUCAGGUGAUGUACAUGGGAGAGAAGCAGAGCUUCACACCAGAACAGCUGACUGGCAUGAUGUUGAGCAAGCUGAAACACAUAGCAGAGUCGGCACUGAAGACCAAAGUUGUUGACGUUGUCCUGUCUGUGCCGACAUACUACACAGAUGCUGAGAGACAUGCUCUCCUUGAUGCCUGUCAAAUGGCUGGACUCAACUGUCUCCGGCUCAUGAAUGACACCACAGCAGCGGCUCUUGCCUAUGGCAUCUACAAGCAGGACCUUCCAGCUGAGACGGAAAAGCCCAGGAAUGUCAUCAUCAUCGACUUUGGCUAUUCCUCCAUGCAGACAGCGGCGUGCUCAUUCCACAAAGGCAAACUGAAGGUGGUCGCAACAUCCUCGGACCAACAGCUGGGUGGACGCAACUUUGACGAAAAGCUUCACCAGGUGUUCCGAGAAGAAUUCAAGACAAAGUACAAAAUAGACCUGGAGACGAGGCCAAAGGCUUAUCUGCGCAUGCUUCAGGAGUGCGAGAAACUCAAGAAGCUGAUGAGUGCAAACACACAGAGCAUUCCAAUCAAUAUUGAGUGUCUCGCAGAUGACAAAGAUUUCAAAUCCAGAAUGGAAAGAACACAAUUUGAAGAGCUCUCUGAUGAUUUGCUAAAAAGAAUAGAAUCUCUCCUGAAGGAUAUUCUGGAGAAGUCCAUGUGGAAAACUAGUGACAUAUACUCGGUGGAGAUUGUUGGUGGUUCUAGUCGUAUUCCGUCAUUCAAGAAACUGGUUACAACCAUAUUUGGCAAAGAGCCUAGUACCACUCUCAAUUCUGACGAGGCCACAUCUAGAGGCUGUGCACUACAGUGUGCAAUUCUGUCACCGACGUUCCGUGUGCGGGACUUCCAUGUGACCAACUCGCAGCCCUACCCCAUCACCCUCAGCUGGCAGGGAACGAUAGACGAAGACAGUUCGCUGGAGGUGUUUCCACAGAAUCACGCUGCACCCUUCUCCAAGAUGCUGACAUUCUACAGGAAGGAACCAUUCUCACUGUUUGCUAAAUACACAUACCCCAACAAUAUUCCAUACCCUAAACCAGAGAUAGGAACUUUCUUAAUAGAAAAGGUCGUACCCCAGAGCAGUGGGGACAGCUCCAAGGUGAAGGUGAAAGUAAGGAUAGACAGCAAUGGUAUAUUCAAAAUAGCACAGGCCAGCAUGGUGGAGAAGCUUGGAGAGGAGGAGAGCGGCCAGAAUGAGCAGAUGGAUGUGGACGAUGAGAAGAAAAAUGAGGAGAAGAAGAAUGGAGAAGCUAAUGCCAGCAUGGAGGAGGAGACCAAGGAGGCUGGCAGCGAGGAGACGCCCAUGCAGACUGACGAAGCCCCCACGGGGGAAAACAGCACAGAACAAGCUGGGGAUGAAUCCCAGCCUAUGUCCAACUCUGAUGAGAAACCAGCGGAAGGGGAGGAGGACAAGAAGAAGGGAAACAAGAAACCCAAGAAAACGACACGGACAGUCGAACUCCCGGUCCAGUCAACCACCCCAGCAAUCCCUAAAGAUCAGAUUAAUUUGUACAUAGAGAAAGAGAACCAGAUGAUCAUGCAGGACAAGCUGGAGAAGGAGCGGGCGGACUCUAAGAAUGCGGUGGAGGAGUAUGUGUAUGAGAUGAGGGAGAAACUUAGCACGACGCUGGAGGAGUACGCCAAGGAGGAGGAUCGGGCUCACCUAAGCAAGUUGUUGGAGCAGACGGAAGAUUGGCUCUAUGACGAGGGAGACGAUCAGAAUAAGCAAGUCUAUGUUGACAAACUGGCAAGUUUAAAGAAACUUGGCCAGCCAAUUGUGGACCGCCAGAGAGAGGCCCAGGACCGGCCACAGGCUUUCAAUGAGAUAGGCAGCUCACUACAGCAUGUGAGGAAAUUCUUGGAUAUGUGGAGUCAAAAGGAUGAGAAGUACGACCAUAUAGACAAGUCUGAUGUGGACAAAGUGCAGAAAUGUUACGAUGAAAAGUUAAAGUGGUACGAGACAAACAUGAACGUUUCAAACAAUGCUAAGAAAUAUGAGAGUCCUGUUGUGCUGGUUUCACAGAUUUUACAACAGAAGCAGUCCCUAGAGUCUACUGUGGCACCGAUCAUGUCAAAACCCAAACCUAAAGUAGAACCUCCGAAAGAAGAAAAGAAGGAGACCAAAGCAGAAGGAGAGAAGAAAGAAGAAGCCACCCCUGAGGAGCCUAAGUCAGCGAAACAAGAACCGGAGGUUAAGCCGGAGAUGGAUGUGGAUUAAUAAUUUGCCAACCCUAGGGUUUUGUUUGAGUGAAACUGGCGGCAAGUUGUACUGCAGUCAGGCAUCAGAAGAACGUUCUUGAAGUUGAAUGAAAGUGCUGUUCUCUAACUUAUUUCAAAUCUGAUUUGUUUAAUUGUGUUUCACAAUGUUCUCAAUUGUCACACACAAGUUGUUACGCCAAUGAAGAAAGUUCCCCACGUCUCUCGUCUCACUCAUUUAGUUUAUGGUAAUUCAGGACUUGAGGACAUCCAAAUCCUGAAAUGUUAGAUGAUCUUUGUUCUGCAUUUCGAUGGAUAUACAUUUGGGAUGUCACUGCAUCAUAGUGCAACCUUCACGUCUCGGAGUUAAAUCUUAAACAGGGCUCACUUGCAUUGAGGACGGGUACAAACGUCAUAAAUCACCUGUACAGCAUCAAAUGAACUGUCUUUUGUUGACAUGCUGAGUUGAAGGUGAUGUAAGUCGGAUAAGUAAAUACAGGGUUCAAAAUUAACAUGUCCGCUAGUCCAAGACAAGUAAGUCGGGAAGGACUAGUGACAUUUCCUUGUGUCCUUUACCAUUAAGUUGAUGGUAUGUCUGUAGCAGAAUUUACGGACAAGAGAAAAUAAAAGUCAAAUUUAUGACCCUGAAAUUCCCUCUAUGAUGUAUUCUAUUCAUAAUGGCAGUUAGAAGUGAGAUCAUUAGGGAUGAUUAGAGAUCGUUGUUAUCUUUGCCUCAGAUGCUACUGUACUUAGUGUUAUAUGUGUAACGUUUGUGAUGUUUAGGCAGGAAUCAAAAUGUUACUGAUUUAUUCAUGUGAAAAGUUGAUUAUGAUUUAUCAUUCUCAUGUUACUGUUAUCCUCUGAAAAUAUUGUUUGUGUUUUGCUGAGGUACUCCGGCCUAAUGUUGCUCCAUGUACAAGGGGCAUCGGGGACCAGUGGUCUUACACAACUUGCUGUGCAGAGUUGUCCCUUAGCAUCUUAGACCAAGUGUAUUAUAUCAAGCUUCUUCCGAACACGACACCUUCGUUACCUUGCGGUAUCAUCGCUGCCACCAGUGUGCAUAUGGCCAAAUUUUUCCUCCAACCCCAAAUGAGGUGAUACUUAUAUUUUUGUCUCGGCCAGUGAGAAUGCCAUUCUAGUGAAUUGGGAAAUGUUUACCAAAUAACUUAAUAUUUCCAAGAUAAAUUUAAGUUAGUUUGCAAUCUCGUGCCAAUCUGAUUAAACAAACUGAAAAGCCCCAAUCUUCCCCUGUACCUUCUCACUAUACUACUUUAUGAUAGUUGAAAUGAAAUAGAAAUUCAACUUGUUAAUCAAACAAUGCAAUUUAGCUGGGGGGAAAGUAUUCAGCAUCAUGUCACUCAUCUGUCAACAAGUCAUUCAGUUGCGAGUUCAACUCCAUGCAUGGCUGUGGCUGCCUAGCACAGUGGGGAGCUGUGUCUGGUGGUAGUGAUAGUAUAGAGUACUCCACGAAUGGGCGAUCGCUGUGAGGAGCUUGGUAUUGUAUAUCCUUUCAUUUAUGAUAGUACCAUGAACCCAUUAGCAAGCAUUGAGAAUGAUUUUUUAAUGAAACAUCUAAAUAGCUGUUAAUCAAUAAUGAGGGAUGGGAACUUCAGACAGAAGUUCCUGAUAAGAGACCAAAAUAGUGAUGUCACUUCCUAAGCUAAUGUUGCAAUGGACUUGGUGUUAAUCAUUAGAGACAUGCACAGGACAGUGGAGGAGAAUUCCAAUCCAAGGUUGCCCCCGAUAAUGUUCUGAGUCUAUCAGCUCUAUCAUGCUUGUGGUUUCACUGAAGUUGUAAGCAUUGACGACCUGUGUCAGUUCAGGGAUUCCUCUCCAAGAGCUGACAUGCUGGAUAUCCCUGAGCUACAGUGUUACUUACACCAACUCACUGUUGUACUGUUUGUGGUGAGCUUUGGGUGGUCGUCAAAAUAAGCAUCAUACCACAUGCAGUCACAUUAAUCGUGUGUAGGCCCUUGUUAAAAGUUGACACAUUAUGUUAUGAGUGUACAAUAUUUUUACAAAUAUGAUACUCAUAGUUGAUUUCAAGCAAGAAAUGAAUGGAGGCCAACAGUCGUUUUAGAACGAUCAAGGUGCGAAGGCUCUACCAGCCCAUUUCUUCCUAGAUUGGGGUUAGUCGUAACACAACCAUGGAAAUAUUCCUAAAGAAGACAUAGAUGUGUUGAUAGUGGAGGUAGGGUUUAUUGAUAUAUAUAUAUCAAUUUCAUAUUUCCAUGGAAACAUUUAGAGUGUGGUUGUAAAUGGAGGGUGUGGCGUUAAGAUGAGAAGAGUCUGGGCUUGUCAGUCAACACUUUUAUCACACCGUGCAUACGAAUUAUUCACAUUCUUAUUUAUAGAUCAUCAUGCAGUCAUUGAAACAUCUGUUGGUCGUAUGUUUUCUGAAAAAACAGCCUCCUCUACAUCUGAUGUAGUUUGGUUGAUAAAGCUUUUUGUUGUUGCAAGGUUACUUGAAUUGCAAUAUUUAAUGGCAAAUUGGUUCACAACUCACCAAUUAAUCCAUCUUUGAGCAGCAUGGAUCAAAGGAAGGCGUUCUAUGUUUUGAGUCACUACAUUUCUGUCCAACCAUCGAUGUACAUUUUAAAAAUUGUAAUAAAAUUGUAACUAUUG